AUGGUUACCGCGUCCAAAUACGGCGAAAUGUACUCCAUCCAGCUCAUGUCCCAGAAGGCUCAUCAUCCAAGGGAUAAACUGAUUUGCGUUGUCGCCGAUUCUCGGCCACGACUCGUACCGGUCUCGAAACGACCUUGGGUAGCCCGCGGGAAUAUGAAUGGCGCCAGCAGUCUGUCACAGAUACUCACUUUCGCAGAUGCACACACAGCUGCAGAGGUCAAAUACCUAGACUUGCCGGAGAAGAAAAUGGCAGAGAGGAAGGCUUGGCUAGACGAGUUCAAGGACAGGGCCGAAGAAUGGUUGUUCACAUUCAGGGUCUGCCUUCCCAACGCCAAUUCCAUGUACGGCUUCCGUGGCCCCGGAUCGGCAUCCCAACACCACGAAUAUCGCGACCUCUGUGACCUUCUCAACCGACCCUAUCGCUGUUUUCAAUAUGGAUGCUGUUGGGAAUCCUCGGUGAUGCGCAGGGUAGACUCCAGGCUGAAGCCUGUCGUGCCCGAAGCUUAA